CGCCCCGGUUAUCGUAAUCGUGCCAAUUGCUCAGCUGACGAACCCGCUUUCGCAAACUUUCUACUGAAAACGAGCUACAAAUGCAACCUCCCGUUUUUGCGUGAUGAAAUUUUAGGUGAAGCUUCUUUAUUAUCAGGCAGUAGUUUUCGAGCGCUGGUUACCCUGGCAAACCUUAAAUCUACUUUGCAACCCUGCGUUUUAGUAGUUGGCAACAUCAUCAAUUCUAAAAGGAAUAUUUUUCUUCAAAAACAAAGAACAGUAGUGCUUUCCCUUCUGCUAAAUUUUAGAUUAGUAGUUGUGCGAGAAACAUUUACAAAUAUACAUCACAAUUGCUACAUUUUGCAUACUGUAACAACUAGGAAUAGUGGUUUAUUAGUGUAACUAUUCGCAAGUGUGCAUUGCAAAUUUUAGAUAUUUUCCAUCCUUUGGAAAAAAUUUUGGUGUCGUUGAAAAUAUUUUAGCCGGAGUGAGUGAGACAACAAUCGUGAAUGGUUGUCAGAAACAGCUGAUUCUUGAUUGCAUUUCGGUACGCACGGAAAAAUGCAAGAAGGAGAAGGCAGAACUUUAUGAGCAGGACGACACUAAUAAAAACUGGUAAAAAAUUUCCCAAAACAAAAGCGCGCGAAAGAGGGGAAAAUUGCGCGCUAAAACAUUGCAAAUGAAUUUCUGCACAAUUAAAAAUAUCAGAAAUUUUUGCAAGAAAUGAAAACUAAAUUAAGGAGAAAAUUGGAAUGACUUUAAUUGAUUAAAAUAUUACCAUAGAUACGAAUGACAACGCAAAUUAGAAUUAUAAAAUCCCAUUUUAGUUGCACUCCAAUGGCAUCGGGUGCUGUUUACACAUACCUACACAAAAUUACACAUCCAAACGGUGUGCGAUUUAGCACUUUCGUUGAAUGCUUUUGGAGGGAAAAUGCGUGUCAGUCGAAAUUUGAGCGGGAUAAAGUAAAGACGUGGGAAUUGGCAGUGAGCUGUAGACCAUAGAUAAGACGUGCACUUUUGUGAAAAUAUAUAAGAACUAAUUACAAGGACAAUCAAGCUCAAUUAAAACGAAUUAAUACUCAUAAAUUGUAUUAUGUCGCAACCUUCGAUAGCCUCAUAUUUUAAUACGCGUAAGCGAGUCGCUACAGACGAAGCAGCUACUAUAAAAAGUCGGCGUUUAACGGACGAUAAUACGACUCCAGCUCCCAGCGCUACAAGAAACCAAAAUGAUGACGAUGAUAUCGCUGCUACCAAGGCUGCAGCUGUUGGAGUACGGACACGAUCCGGUCGCACUAUUAAACGCACCGGUACACAGCCAACCGCGGAUGUGCCUGCAAAGAAGCAGAGUAAAGUGGAACAAGCGCCACUGCAACAAAAAACGCUUGUACAGUUCAUUAGGAAAGGACCAUUGUCUCCACGUAAGAAACCAGCAGCUAUUAAUGAAAUGCAGAAGAAAAAUGAAGAGACACCCAAUGGGAAUACAGCGACAAAACUGGCCUAUGCCUUUGCUCCCAAGGACAAUGUAAAGAAUGUAUUACGCGGUCUUAAAACUCCAACUAAACAAAUAAUCAAGGGCUCGGGAGCUACCCCACUAAAACAUGAUGAAUUGAAAGGCAUGGUCCGCAAGGAACUCAAUUUCGACGAAGUGAAGACCAAAUUGUCGCGUAGCGCCAAGCUGCAGGAAUUGAAGGCUUCCCUUUCGCGCAUACAAGAACUUGAAAAGACGCGCAAGGCUCACGAGGAUCGUAAUAGGCGUUUACGUGAGGGUCAAAGCGUUUCGCCACUGAAGAAUGCAGCGCCUGUUGUACAGCUAAAAGAAUUUGAUAAAAUUGAACUGGAAGUAUUGACUAGCCCUGCAAAGACAUUUAAAACACCAACUAAAAUACCACCACCCACACCGGAUAAAAAUGAGCUUAUGUCACCACGCCAUACAGAUGUUUCGAAACGUGUUCUCUUCAGUCCGGCCAAACAGGGCUCGCCUUCGAAAAUGGUUGUACCACCCGCUUACCAACGUUUCAUAAGCCUUGCCGAAUUGAGUAAAGCUGGACAGCUGCCGUUGCCUUUUAAAUACCGUAAUCUUAUUGAGAUUUUCAAGGGUGUUGACUCUGUAUGCGCCAUGUUCCAUAAUCGCAAAGAAUGUAUUACUUUCAAGAAAUUGAAACCUGCCGUUCAGCGUAUGCUGCGUAAGAAUGUCACUGAAACACAUUUGGCACAAAUCAAAAAUGUUUAUCCUGAUGCAUUCAUCUUUACACAAAUGAAAAUGCGCAACUAUGGCUCCACUUCGAAGGCAGACUAUUUUCAAUUGGUCAUUUGUCCCAAUGUCGACAGCAAUGCGGUGGAAAAAGUAAUACCUUAUCAUGUUGACGAGGAUGCUGCCGACCACAUAUUGAGUGCGGCUCAGUCAAGUAUCAUGAAUCCUCUGGUGAUGAUUGAACGCAUGCAGCGCUUCACAAACACUUUAAUGCAACGCGUCCUAAACGAGCAUGAAAAAUUCUUGCGCUCACUGGAUCCACCAAUCAACAUUCCAAAGUCGAAAGUGACACGGUGGCAUCCAGAUUUUGAUUUGGAAAAUUGUCCAGAUAUUGAAUGCGCUCAUCUACCGCAGCCACCAAAUGUGGAAAAGUAUUCUUCGGCGCGUGAUAUACUGUCUACGGCGCGCAAUCUUUUCAAUUGUGCUACACCAAUGGAGCGUGUAAUGGAACGCUAUGAAGCUAAGAUGGAGGCAACGCGCGUGGCAGAGAUUAAUGCAAAUAAUGAAGCUAAAAACAUAGCUGAGACCAGCGAUAUAGCGGGAAAGGGCAGUAUAGAUCAGUUGGCGACCAUAGUCGAAGGUCGUGCUUCUGCUACGAUGACAACUACAUUGAAGACGUCUUCAGUGUUAACAGCGACAGUCGUUCCUUCAAGCGCAACCAGCACUAGCGAUGUUACAUCUAAUUUAUUGAAAGGUGUGCCAAAGUCUUUGUUGGAAAAAAUACGUGCAAAGCAAGCGGCCAAGGCGCUAGACGCUAUGACAAGGCGGCCAUCGCAGGACCAGGAAGCCACUAUGUACUCACGUCUACCAGAAUUGGCACGUCAUCUGCGAAAUGUUUUCAUUACAGAGCGUAAAGGAGUGCUUAUGCUGGAGAUUGUAAUAAAAAAGAUACAGAAUAGCUUCAGGGCAUGUCUGACGGCACAGGAAGUAGAGGCGCACUUGAAACUUAUGGCCAAAGAGGUACCAGCAUGGGUAUCCUUCCACGAGGUACGCAAGACAAUGUACCUUAAAAUAGCGCGUGAAAUGGAACUGAAGAAAGUGAUUGCUAAAUUGGAAGAAGUCGCAAAUGAAAAAAGUAAAUAGUACGUAAAAAAACAUAAAUUUUUCAGACAAGUUUAGGUUUACAAUAUAUGUACGUGUAUGUGUGUAAGUAAUUUAAUUAAUUUACUAUAUGUAUAAAGAAUGAAGAACUCGCAAUUUAAUUUUGAAUUGAUGGGCAGACAUUUUUUUGAUACGCAAGUAGAUUAAAUUCACAUUUUAUCGCGUCUCAAACAGGCUUGAAUCUCGUGAUAUGAUUGAACGCCUUGUAACAACUUCGCCUUAUGCAAAUUUUCUUUAAGUUUUACCACUUCUCAUAAGUUGUUUUGUAGUUAUAAACUUAUUGUUAAAUGGCGCAGAAACGCGAUUUAUUUGAAUAAUCCACUAUAUCUUGAUAUUUGUAUGGUAUAAUUACGGCUACAUAGUUUAAAAUUUGUUAAUUUGAUUUUACAUCCAGUGUUCGCUAGUAUAUAUUUAAUAUUGACUUUAGCGCUUUAUCUUGUCCAAAAAUAAAUCAUAUUUCUUGUCAGGAAAAAAUUAUAUAAACUUAGGAUAGAUUUGAGUCGCAUUGCAAAAGUACAUAUGGCCAAAAACGCAGACUGUUAUAUUAUAUACAUUUGCCUCGCAUUGCUUUAUAAAUACUGCUGCAACUCGCUGGAAAAACGCUAUCUGAUACCUUUUCUUCUAAAUACAGCACAACAAUUUUUGAAGUACUUGCAACACUCCGCUGUUGAAAUAUUCUUCACUCCUAAACAACAGGAUUUACGUUUAUAUCAAAUAUCACCCAUACUUUCAGAUGCAAGAAUAAAAUGUUUCAUAUAGUUUUAUUUUAGGGAGUUUCCGCGGUAUUUGAAAGCAAUGUGAGCGCAAAUGUGAUGUAACAGUCCGCGUUUUGGGUCAUAUAUACAGUGAGCGUCAAAAAUGAGUAUACCUUGACGUUUUGAAGAUUUUAUUUAUUUAUAUUCUCCAGCCAAAUUUCCCUUUUUUUAUAAAAAUAUAGUUCAUUUUAAAGCAAAAACCACAAAAAUCUAUUUUUUCAAAAGAGAACUGGAAAUGAGUAUGCAUUUUGUAGCGCAUUUAUUGUAUAUGAAAGAAGGUACACAACACCCACCCUCAGCGAAAAAAAUUCUAAAAAAUCGACUGUAGUGCUUAGCACCUUGAAAGUUGCAGUAAAAUUAAAUGGGCAACAAAACUGUACACUCAAAAUUUGUUUAUGAAAUCGAAUUGAAAAAUGGGAAAUUUCGAAGAAAAUUUCUUGCAUUUUCCCCGAGUUAUGUAUUAAAUUUAAAAUAUUUUCUUGCGGUUUUUGCUGUUGAAUGAACUAUAUUUUUAUAAAAAAUAGGAACAAUUUCGGAUGGAAAAAGAAAGUACAUAAAUAAUAGAAUCUUCAAAACGUCAGCGUAUACUUAUUAUUGACGCUCACUGUAUGUGUAUUAGUUUGUCCGGAUUUUUUGUUGAAUUUGUAAGUGCCAAACAUCUUUAAAUUCGCAUUUUUUAAAUCGAGAGUUUUCUCAUUUGAAACUUUUGAUUCAGAAAACUCUAUAUAUUAUUCUAAGCAGUAAAAUUGCGUGCAAGAUAAUUUUUUUUUCGCUUACAUAUAAUACAUUUGAAUUAAGCUAUUCUAUUUUUAAGCGUUUUCUAUUUCUCUAGACACAAUAAAAUAUUCAUGCGAGCACACAUCACCUCACUUCAUAUUGAUUUGAUUAAUUAACCAGUAAAUCGUGUUAACAUUUUCUUUAACAGUUUAUAAAUAUAUGAUGUAUGUAUUUAUGUGACCUAAAUAAAAAUUAAAAAUGACAA